UCUUUUGGAAACUUGCCCAGCUCUGGACUUCCACAUGUUCGGGUUACUUCUGAGCUGUCAUGGGGACAAUUCCUUAAUUUGAGUCCCAUUAUUACUACAGCAACUGCCUCAUUUGAACACGCUCCUUGACACCAGAGCUUCUUAACUGUUUCUUCCAUGAGACAUCACUGUUCAAGAACUAAAGGAUAUGAAGUCCUGCUACCCUCUCUCUCUCUUUUUUUAAACUGUUUUUGACUUUCUAGAAAGCUCUUUUGAAGUCUACCAUUUGCUUAACCACGCUGGGUCACACGCCCUUUUUGUGGGUUUCAGAGAUAAUCUAUUCCUUGUGUUUAUUUUAGGGCUAAGGCACUGAUGUUUGAACAGGAAGCUUCAAAAAGUUUAAAAGCGUCUUCAGAAUGGCUUUGAAGCACACAGGCUAGAAAUCGCCCCAGAACAGCGCCUUCAGCAGUGCAUCUCCCCUGUCGCGCUUCCCUGGCCAGCUCUUUGGCGGGGUCAUUCUGCAGAGAGCUGAUGCUCACGGGGCCAGAUUAGCGGUGCUGGCUUUGCUGGUAGAACUCUCUGGCUUUAUUCUAUUCUCUCCCAGGGUUCUCAGAGGCAUCCAUGGCACUGAAGGGCUUGCCAGGAGGGAAGUGGCACUUUCACGUUGAAUAAAAACAAAGCAAGUGACAGUUGGGACCAAAAACACUUCAGACCUCCCGCGUCUGGCCUCCCUGGAUCGGGGACACAGAGGAACAGUCCCUGCUGGGGAGGAAGAGGCCAUAACUGGAAAGAAAAUCCAAAUAAAGAGGAUGCGAGCCACCUGAAAGUAAAUGGCCGCCUCAACAGAGAGGAAGUCAGCCUCCUGGUGGAACUAUUUUUUCCUUUACGAUGGUUCCAAGGUGAAGGAAGAAGGCGAUCCGACGAGAGCCGGCAUUUGUUACUUCUAUCCUUCCCAGACCCUGCUUGACCAACAGGAGUUGCUCUGUGGCCAGAUUGCUGGCGUGGCCCGCUGCAUCUCUGACAUCUCCGGCGCUCCUCCCACCCUCAUUCGUCUGCGGAAACUGAAGUUCGCCAUCAAGGUGGAUGGAGAUUACCUUUGGGUGCUGGGCUGUGCCGUGGAGCUCUCCGAUGUCAGCUGCCAGCAGUUUCUGCACCAGCUCAUUGGAUUUUUUAACUUUUACAAUGGACCUGUCUCUCUGGCUUACAAGAACUGUUCUCAGGAGGAACUGAGCGCCGAGUGGGACGCCUUCAUUGAACAAAUUCUGAAAAACACCAGCGAUCUGCAUAAGAUCUUCACUUCCCUCUGGAACCUGGACCGGACCAAAGUGGAGCCCCUGCUCUUGCUGAAGGCGGCCCUCAUCCUGCAGACCUGCCAGCGCUGCCCUCACGUGCUAGCCGGCUGCAUCCUCUACAAAGGCCUGAUUGUGAGCACCCAGCUCCCGCCCUCCCUCACGGCCAAGGUCCUGCUUCAUCGAGCUGCACCUUGGGACCAGAGAAUACCCACCGGAGGGCAUGCCCUGCAGGAGCGUGGAGCCGUCCUGCCCCCGAGCGUCCAGGUCAUGCCUGUUUUUGUGACGGAGGAGGAAGCUGCCAGUCUCCAUGAGUUCCCAGGGGAGCCCGUGGCCAGCCCUCCCGCACCUCCAGCCGGACUCCAGGGGCGCUCGGCUCGGCACCCUCGGAGCGGGGGCAGCCCCUCUGCCCGGAAAGAAGGCGGGCACGAGGAAGCCGUGGCCCGGCCGUGGGCGCCCACCCCUAAGCCCAGGCCCGCGGACGCCGCUGGGCCACGUGGCAGGGGGGAGCGUGGACGCCUCUCCAUCCGUGACCUGGAGGGCGCCCGGCCGGCAGACCCACAGGCCGCUGCCCGGGACCAGAGUCCUGGCCGCCGCCGCUCCCCGGGGGCAGUGACGGGGCACGAGGAGCUGGACUUGUCUGAGAUCCACAUUCCAGAAGCUCGGGAGGCGCCAACAGCCUCCGGUUCCCCUGCCGUCUCCAAUGGGCGUGUCCCCGAUGGCGGUGGUCCUUGUCCCACGGAAUCUGUCAGCACCUCUGUCCACCCCGAACCCUCGGAGGCCCUGCCUGCGGGCACAGCCGUCGCCGGCCUCCCCUCGCCCUCCGCUCCCGACGCGCUCGCCCGCAAUGGAGCCCUAGAGCAGCGCGAGGACCUCUCGGGGGACAGCAGCCAGGCCCCCGUUCUCAGGGGAGACCCCCUCCCCAGAAGUACAGGCAGGCCAUCGCCAUCUCCGUCGCCAUCGCCGUCGCCGUCGCCGUCGCCGUCGCCUCGCCCGGAUUCCAGGGGAACUGAGCCCCCGGAGCGGGGAGAAGGCACGGAGCCGCGUGGGGAUGGGGCUCGGGAGAGCCGCCCAGCCCCCGGCCUGGGGUGCCCCUCGGGCUGUGCAGGCCUUCCCGACCACAGCCCCUCCCCAGACAGCGCGGCCCCCGGGGCGGCCCCCGUACCCCAGGGAGAGCUGGUGCGCAUGAGCCUCUACACGCACAGCGUCAAAGGGCUGGUGCUGGCCCUGCUGGCCGAGGAGCCCCUGAUGGGAGACGGCGCCGCCAUCGAGGAGGUGUUCCACAGCAGCCUGGCGUCCCUGAACGGGCUGGAGGUCCACCUGAAGGAGACGCUGCCCCGGGACGAGGCCACCUCCUCCAGCAGAACCUACAACUUCACGCACUACGACCGCAUCCAGAACGUGCUGACGGCCAACCUGCCCCCGGUGGCCACAGCCCAGGACCGCCGCUUCCUGCAGGCCGUCCGCCUGAUGCACGCAGACUUUGCCCAGCUGCCCUCGCUGUACGAGAUGACCCUCCGAAACGCCUCCACGGCCGUGUACGCCUGCUGCAACCCGGUCCAGGAAACCUACUUCCAGCAGCUGGCGUCGGCCCCUCGGACCUCCGGCUUCCCCAGCCCCCAGGAUGCCACUUUCGGCCUCCCGGGCAAAGCCAAGCAGAAGCUGCUCAAGCACGGGGUGAACUUACUGUGAACUGGGCCUCACCGGGACCCAAACAGCCCAGCGCGGUACCCACCACGGAAGCGCUGCCUUCUUACCCAGAAACACGCCGUCCACCGUCCUGGGAACGCUCCUUUUCAGGAAGCUGUGACGUUUGCGAGUUGGAUGCUCCUUUACAGAUGGGAGGGGACGGGGUAGUUCUUCGGUCUGCAGACCUGGAGCCGUAAUGAAGACCUUGAUUCACUGGCAGUGCUGGGCCAGACAGGUGCUUCGGCUCCUGACAUCUCAGCCUUAACGUGAGCCACAAAAUACAGGCAGCAUUCUUUCUAGAACGCAGCUGUCCCAAGUGUUUUCCAGCCCUGCCUGCAGGGGGCGAUAUGAGGUGUGAGCGCACGGAGAGGUGGCAGGUUUGUUUGCAAGCUGCCUGGAACACCACUUCCCAGUGGGACUGUCUUCCGAGCGGUCCUCCCGGGAGGCAGGGCUGGGACAGCGGGGGGAGGGGGAGGACACAGAGCUACCUCGUCUGAAGUAUCCUGGAACCGGACUCAAAACUUAGAGCCCAACCCUGGCCAGUUUGGCUCGGCAGGUAGAGUGUCAGCCCGUUGACUGAACCGUCUCGAGUUGGAAAUUCCAGGGUGCAGGCUCGAACCCAGGUUGCGUGCGGGAGGCAACCAGUGUGUCUCAGAUCCUUGCUUUGCACCCCUCCCGCUUGAGUGAAUGUCCCCAAACGGGAGUUUCCAAAAUUUGGGGGGCAAAAGCAGACCCAUGCUUCCGUGUGGCUGUGUGUGAGGGAACCACCUUCAUGUGUGUGUUUCAUGUCUAUUACAUUACAGUCAGACACGUUAUAAUGCGGUACAGUUCAUAGGAUGAAGCUAUUGACCAAAGUCUCCUCUCAGUGUUUACUGGAAGAUUCCAUUUGAAAACUGCCA